CUUCUUUUUCUUCUUCUUCUUCUUUGUCUUCUUUCUCUAAUUCGUCUCCUGCCUCCACUUAUUCUUUUUCACAACACCAACAACAGAUUAAGGUGCACUUCUUUGUAGUUAGCUUCACGCGAUGGAUGAUGGUCAGUUUCCGAUAUUGCAAACCAUAAACGACCUCACAUCCUCAAAGAAAAUGUUAGUUUUGCUAAAACUACGUUCCGCUCAAGACAGAACAUUGUCUCGCUUCUGCUAUCAAAUCUUGUAGUACCGUACUUUUCAAAAUCUUGUUCUCAUCAAUUCUUGUUCCAUUUAUAAUAAUUUAUCGUACCUGAAUUUUUCUCAAUCUUCAUCAAGCUGUGGUUUUUAUCGGAUAGUCUCCGGAUUAUUGUAACUUCUGUUUUUUCUCAAUAAGAUCAAAAGUGCGUAAAUGUGAUUAUUGUAUUACGAAUAGUGAAGUGAGUGUAUGAGAUUUGGAACUGAAAUGAGCUGAAAUCAGAAUUACAAUGAUGGUAAUAUUCGAUGUGGGUAACUUAGUCAGCCCUAGUAAAUUUGGAUUAUUUCAUAUAGGGGUUCUUGUGCUGCUUCUGGUAAUCGAUCUGAGACCAGCUAAGCCCGAUAAGAAAGACGUGCAAAGACAAUCAAGUGAACAAUAUGAUCCAUACAAAAUAAAUUUCGAUAGAGAAUUCAACCUGGAAAACAAAUCCGAUUCAAUACGAUCAAAUGACUGGAAACCGAUUAUUCACAAUGAGACCAGCUACAGGAGACUGUAUUUGAGGAGAGUGAAUGUCUUCGAAAGCCAGAAAAUCACAAACAAAACUGAUUCACGACAAAAUUUGACUGAAGAUACACAAGAUAAGAAGUUACCAAAUCUAUUCCGAACUCUACGUCUAGCCAAUGUUGGUAAGGGAGUUGACAGUCUCCCUGAUAAUGAAGAGGAUGAUUUAAGACAAAAGAAGCGUUACAGGCAUAGCAAGAGGGUGAGAAUAAUAAAGCCACCCCAUUUCUUGGUUCCUCCCCAGAAAAAUCAUCAGUCCUCUGCUCUUGAGAAUGAAGCCAGGCAAUUUUACAGAGUCUAUCAAACCAAAUACAUGAAAACACCAGGGUAUCAAAGCUCCGAAGAAAGCAGUAGAGAAGAUGGCAAUAAAGAUGCAUCUAAAAGAACUCCAAAGAACCGCGUGAAGAAGAUCAGACGUAGACCGACCAAUUAUUUGAAACCACCAGUCAUAACCCUCACCACAACCGAGCAUAUAUUCUUCGUGAGGCCAAAAGAAACUACACCAAUGUCAGUUCUUGAUGAUUAUUCACCCGGUAAUGAUGAAGAAAUAUAUGGAACAACUGAAAGAAACUUCCAAAGUGUAACUGGAAGCUUAGAUGAGAGUUUGAACUUCAACACAACCAAACCAAUCAAAUACAGAGUGAUACAUUCUACAACAACUGAAGUCAACUCUAUCAAUCAAUCAUCUCAAACUUUAAGCCCAGUUGACAAUAUAUCCAGUGAUUCCCCUAGUACCUUUGCACCAAGAACGUACAAUUUUGCUAAUAGUCCUGUUAUUGUUUAUUCUGAAAAUGAUAUUUUCGGAUUGGGAGAAGUUUCCACGAAUGGUAUGAGGUGGAAACAUGAGAAAAACGAAGUAAAUGAGGAGAGAUUAUAUCGUGAUAUGGUGGAAAAUAAUAAAAGUGGAAGGGGUGGGCGGCAUUAUGAUGAUCAAAGCAGGAGUAUUGAGAGUGGAGGUGUGUAUGUUGCGGAUCCACCCAAUUUCAAUAAUGAUAAGGAAGAUUCAUGGUCACCAACAAUUUUCAGAGGUUCAAGUGGAAGUGCAAGUUAUGGAGGUUCAGGAACUCUUAGUACAGCUUAUCAAGGUUCAGAAAUAACUACCAUUAAGUACAGAAGUCCAGAGACCAGUGGAGACUCUCCUGGUUUAACUACUGGUAGAAGUUAUGUAGGUUCACAGAAUACUACAAACUAUAGUGGUUCAAAUACUAGUCCAAAUUAUAGAGGUUCAGAUAUAGGGAGAUUCCUUGGAGGUCCUGAAACAACUACAAGUUACAGAGGUCCAGAAACAGUUACAAGUUAUAGGAGUUCAGGAACUGUUUCAGACUAUGAAAAUGUGAAAACAAGUGGAAGCUAUGAUAGAAGUCCAGGAACUACCUCAAAUUUUCAAAAUCCGGGACCAACAACUGUUUACAGUGAUCAAGUAUGGAAGACCAGUUCCUACAUACCGGAUGAUAGUAGGAGUGGCUUUUAUAUUACAAACACUUAUAAACCAACCGAGAAUAAGUUAUCAACGUUAUCCGACAUGCAAACGGGAAUUUCAAUUCAGGAAAUCAAUGAUAUGCUGCCCAAUACAACGUCUGCCAUCAAAAUCAACCUGGAAGAAGAAGUCUCAGCACACACAGAAAGUUAUUUUGAGCCGACAAAAAUGGACAAAAAUUUGAUGUCUCCAGAAGUACAAAAAUCAGGAAUGACUGUUUCCAAACUGGAUUUGAAUCAUGUUUUGAAUAAAAGUGGUGAGGUAUUGCAUCAGUGGAUUGCAAGGUUCGAUCCUAACGAGGACAACAAUUUUAAGACCAGUGGACGGAGUUUUGGUGCUAGCAAAUAUGGAGGGGAUAAUUCGUUGGAUUACCAGGAUUUGGCGGAUCGGCAAGUGAAGCUACAUGUGGCAGAGUCCGGUCAUUUCCGCAAGGGGCAAUUCGUCGAGAAAGGACUCCUUCUACAGCAGAAUAAUGUGAUUCCUGGAGAGGCUGGAACUGACUAUCCAAUCCUAAGUAAGCCUCCUCAUAACUCUCGAUUUAUGUGUAAAGCAGACGGUCUUCGCUACGUUGCUGAUGUAUCUUCAGGUUGUCAGGUAUUUUAUAUGUGCGUUGGGGAGGGACCAGGUGAGCCAAUGCUUUGCCCCAAUGGGACUUUGUUCAGUCAGGACUUCCUGGUUUGCGACUGGUGGUACAACGUCGAGUGUCGCUACAAGAAAUAACGGACACCACUAAAAACUGAAAAGUUCUACAACGACUACUCCAACGGUAAUCACAAACGGUAAUUACUCGUUAACAGUUCAACCAGCCAGCAGCAGCCCGCUUCCAGGCCGAUUUCAAUUUCCUUUUUGACAAGUUCAAUUCAAAUUUAUGAACCUUGCUUCCAAAUCUAUAGUGGCAAUAGUUCUGCAAAAUAAAAAUAUUCAAUAUUUGACUUGAGUUGAAAAACAAACAAUCAGUAAGAAUUGAUGAGAAACAAUAUAAAACUUAUAGUACCCUUUUAUUAAAAUAUUUCAAAAACUUUAAAACAAAGUUUACCCUUUAAUAAAAGGGUACUAAAGGUUUUAUAUUGUUUUCACUAAUUUGAAUAAAGUAGACCACAUAAGUGAAGUGAUUUUAAUCAGUAAGAAACUAAUUUGGUUGAAUAAAAUUAAUUUAAUUUCCUUAAAAUCACGAUUUAAUUAGAAGAGUUCAUUUGAUAAUAAUUAUUGAAAAGAGACAAAAUAAUUGUUAUUGUAAAACAAUAAUCUCAGGUUUGAAUAGUACAUAAUUAUCUGAGCUCUAUGUCGUCUAUUUUUAUAAAGUUCUGCAACUGAUUUUGACUGCUGCCUCUCUAUUUGAAUCUCUCAAUAUAUUUAGCUCUAUAUUCAGCUUAUGAAUACAGUGGCAGUAUAUGUAAUUCAAUUCAGUUUUAUAGAAAUAAACAUUUCAUGGAAGUGAUUUCUGUAUUGAAGAAAAUAUAUUUUCUGUUUCUUUCACAUAGGAGAAGAAUUGAAAAUGUAACUUGUAAAAUAUUAUAAAUAUCUAUUUAUUGAAGAAAGUUGUACAGCAAUAUUCAUAAUAAUUUAUAAAUUUAUAUAGAAAUAUAGAUAACUUUUUAAAAAGUU